CAACAAGAAGUACAAACACAAGCAGUCAAUUAAAACGGCGAGUAUUUCUUCUUUUCCUUCGAAAGGCGCCUGCGCUGCGCUUAUCAAGCCCCUUUCUUAAAACCCUAGUGGACUUCUCUCUCUUUCCCUCUCUCUAUCUAAAACGCAUUCUUGAAUAGGUCGGUUUUGAAGCAUUGAAGGAUGCUUGUGCUGUUUGAGACGCCGGCGGGCUUUGCCCUCUUCAAAGUUUUGGAUGAAGGAAAGCUAGCUAAAGUUGAGGACUUAUGGAAAGAAUUUUCUACCGCAGAUACAGCAAGAAAGGUUGUCAAGUUGAAAGCUUUUUCCAAGUUUGAGAAUACAUCAGAGGCUCUGGAAGCAGCAACGAAAAUAAUUGAAGGCACAGCUAGCAAAGGUCUCCGCAAGUUUUUGCGUGCUCAUUGUGAGAAUGAAACCUUAGCUGUGGCUGACUCAAAGCUUGGAAAUGCAAUCAAAGAAAAACUGAAAAUAGAAUGUGUUCACAACAAUGCUGUCAUGGAAUUGAUGAGAGGUGUUAGGAGUCAGUUGACUGAACUCAUAGCUGGUCUAGGUGCUCAAGAUUUGGCACCAAUGAGCUUGGGUUUAUCUCAUAGUCUAUCUAGGUACAAACUGAAGUUCAGUCCUGACAAGGUUGAUACGAUGAUCAUCCAAGCUAUUGGUUUGCUUGAUGAUCUGGAUAAAGAGCUCAACACAUAUGCGAUGAGAGUUAGAGAAUGGUACGGUUGGCAUUUUCCUGAACUUUCCAAGAUUGUACAAGACAACAUCCUUUAUGCCAAAGUGGCGAAGUUGAUGGGAAGCCGUGAAAAUGCUGCAAAGCUUGAUUUCUCUGAGAUACUACCAGAAGAAGUUGAGACAGAAUUGAAAGAAGCAUCUUUGAUAUCCAUGGGAACUGAAGUUAGUGAAGUUGAUUUGAUGAAUAUUAGAGAACUCUGUGAUCAGGUUUUAUCUCUGGCUGAAUACAGAGCUCAGCUGUAUGAUUAUUUAAAAAGCAGGAUGAAUACCAUUGCUCCUAAUUUGACUGCCCUUGUUGGUGAGCUUGUUGGAGCUCGGCUCAUAGCUCAUGGGGGUAGCUUAUUGAAUCUGGCAAAGCAGCCUGGAAGCACAGUACAGAUUCUUGGGGCAGAAAAGGCUCUUUUCAGAGCUCUAAAGACAAAGCAUUCAACCCCCAAAUACGGGCUAAUUUUCCAUGCCUCCUUGGUUGGUCAGGCAGCUCCUAAGACAAAGGGGAAAAUUUCCAGAUCACUAGCUGCUAAGGCAGCACUGGCAAUUCGAUAUGAUGCUCUUGGAGAUGGUCAAGAUAACUCUCUGGGACUGGAAAACCGAGCGAAGCUUGAAGCACGGUUGAGGAAUCUUGAAGGGAGGGAAUUGAGUCGUUCUGGUGGAUCUGCUAAAGGCAAACCAAAGAUAGAAGCUUAUGACAAGGAUCGAAAGAAGGGAGCUGGAGGAUUGAUAGCUCCUGCCAAGACUUAUAAUCCAUCUGCAGAUGCUGUUCUCGGGCAAACACCAAACUCUGCUGCUGGGAUUGAGGAAGACGUUAUCCCAAAGAAGAGGAAGAAAGAGGCAGAACCUUCUCUUAUUGGGGAAGUAGAAGAAGAGGCUCCAGUUACUGCUGAGCAGAAGAAAGAGAAGAAGAAGAAAAAGAAGAAAACUGAUGAAGAAGGAACUGCUGUGUCAAACGAAGGAAAUGAUGCUACUGAGCAGGAAGGCGAAGGGAAAGCAAAGAAAGAUAAGAAGAAAAAGAAGCAUAAAACUGAAGGCAAUGAAGUGCAGAAUCAGAGUGAAAAUGCUGAUGCAGGGGAAAAGAAGAAGAAGAAAAGAAAGCAUGCUGAACAAGAUGAAGAACCUGAAAUACCAAGCAAGAAGAAAGAGAAAAAGAAGAGAAAGAGUGAGGAUUGAGGAAAUCUUGGAAGUAGAGGCUAUAGGCUACCCAGCAAUUUUGGAUUAGCAAUUAGGAAGCAAUCGAGCAACUCCAUACUUCUCUACUGUAUAAUUUUUGUUUUUGAUUUGUUAGCUUAUUCUAGUGUAUUGUCUGAUUUCCUGUGGAAGUGAUAAUAUGAGAUUUUCCUUUGGACAUAUUUUAAAAAAUAUAUUUGGAUUUCACUUGCA